GGGGGAGGAUGCGUGGCUUGGCGCGCGCUUGUCAACAGCCAACAUGGCGGCAGUAGCAGCAGUAGCCAGGGCGACAGCCAGCCUCCUCCACCGCAGAGGCGGCUUGGCUGCGGGGACGGCCGCUACCACUAGCUCUUCUUCUCCUCCUCCUCCUGCUGCUCAGAGCCGCUUAACCCUGAAGGGUUUGUCGUCCGGGCGCCGCUCGGCCUUGUUCUCAGCCUCUGCCAGAGGCUACAGUUCCGAGGCGAGAGGGGGGCUGGAGGAGGAGCUGCGGGUCCGCUAUUUGGACGAUGAGCAUAAAGGAAUUGUUGUACUUGGAUUGAACAGAGGACAUGCAAAAAAUGCACUUAAUAAAAAUCUUGUAAAAAUGAUAUCAAAAGUUAUGGAAGCUUUGAAAACUGACAAAAAAGUACGGACGGUUAUAUUCCGAAGUGAAGUUCCUGGGGUAUUUUGUGCUGGUGCUGAUCUUAAAGAAAGAGCCAAAAUGCACUCCAGUGAAGUAAGCUCUUUUGUCUCAAAAGCAAGAGCCACUAUUAAUGAAAUGGCUAAUCUUCCAGUACCAACUAUUGCUGCAAUAGAUGGGAUUGCAUUAGGUGGUGGCCUAGAAUUGGCUUUAGCCUGUGACAUACGAGUGGCAGCCACUUCUGCAAAAAUGGGUUUAGUUGAAACAAAGUUAGCAAUCAUUCCAGGUGCAGGAGGAACACAAAGGCUACCUCGUACAAUUGGAGUGUCUUUGGCAAAAGAACUUAUAUUUUCUGCACGUGUAGUUGAUGGCGAAGAAGCAAAAUCAAUAGGAUUAAUUAGCCAUGUGGUGGAACAGAACGAAGCUGGUGAUGCUGCUUAUAGAAGAGCUUUAGCCCUGGCAAGAGAAUUUUUACCUCAGGGACCAGUAGCAAUGAGAGUCGCAAAACUGGCCAUCAAUCAAGGAAUGGAAGUUGAUCUGCUAACAGGUUUAGCAAUUGAAGAGGCUUGUUAUGCUCAGACUAUUCCAACAAAAGACAGAAUUGAAGGCCUUCUUGCUUUUAAAGAAAAAAGACCCCCUCGCUACAAGGGAGAAUAGAAGUGGGGAAAACCAGAUGCCUUUUAAAAUGCAGAUGAAAUAAACAUACUGCUGGAAAGACUUUUCAGCUAUCUUUUUGCCUCUUAACAUGGAAUAUUGCAACCAUGAAAGUAAACAUGGAAUAUUGCAACCAUGAAAGUAAAUGUAAUUAUCCAUACUUUCAUCUCUGUAAUGUACUAAAAUAUGUAUUUAGUCUUACAGAUGCUGAAGGCUUCUCUGUGUAUUUGCAAGGUCAUUGAUCUGCUUAGCACUUUAUUCCGUAUGUUUGAAAUUACAUACCUUGUCAGUUAAAUACAUAAAUGCUUAAUGUACACAGAAUCAAAAGUGAUCACUAAAUGUCUGUCUUCUGCUCUUGUGAUAAAAUAAUUUAAUUUUGCACUCACAAAAUGUGAUCUGUAUCACAUCAAGUUUCUAAAUGAAUCUUAUUGAUCCAAAAGAUCAUGUUUCUUCUAACUGUGAAUGUAUAAAUUUAAUAAUAAAGGUAGCUGAAUUGAGAA